UCCACACGAAAUUCCACUGCUCUCCUCCUAAGACAAACACUGGGACAGGCGUGUCCCCUGCAGGCUGCUAUAACCAGACUCAUCCCCAUCUUCUCAUCCUGCAUCCAUUCACACCUGGACCAUAGGGAGAAGAAGAGGCAGCCAUGUCUACUGGCUCUCUGAGUGAUGUGGAGGACUUCCAAGAGGUGGACAUGUUGGGCUGUGAUGCCAUGAAACUGGAUUCUAGCAAGGACUUUGGGAUUUCAAAUGACAGCAAUGAGGAAAGCUCCACUUGUGACAAUGAUUCUCCUAAAAAAGGCAGAGGGACUACAGGGAAGAGGAAGAAAACCCCACGCAAGAAAAGUCCUCUCACUGGGGUAAAUCAUGAAGGCAAGCAGGUCCAGAGGAAUGCGGCCAAUGCCAGGGAAAGGGCCAGGAUGAGGGUGCUCAGCAAAGCCUUUUCCAGGCUCAAGACCACCCUACCCUGGGUGCCCCCCGACACUAAACUUUCCAAGCUAGAUACCCUGAGGCUGGCAUCAAGCUACAUAGCUCACCUGAGGCAGAUCUUAGCCAAUGACAAAUAUGAAAAUGGAUACAUUCAUCCUGUUAACCUGACGUGGCCCUUUAUGGUGUCUGGAAAACCUGAAAAUGACCUUAAGGAGGUGGUGGCUACAAGUCGCCUGUGUGGCUCCAUGGCAUCAUGACCCUACUGAUAGGCCGUGAGGAUUAAUGGACACCAUGCAUGGACAUCUCAUUUUAAGCAAACACAAAUUGAAGGAGACCAAAUGUACAUAAUCCUUUUAUAAGAAGAUCCCAUUUAUAUUUAACUUGAUGGCCUUGUAUUUUUCUUGUUGCCCUGAGCCUUGCUGGUCCAAGAGCUCUUGGAGCAUUAUUGUGUGUCAUUUUGUACAAUAUGUUUAUAUAUAUAUAUAUAAGAAACCUUUGGAUAGGGCUUUGGAAGUCCUGUCUAAGGUUAUGUUCAGUUUUAGAUAUACAGAUUUAUAUUACAAAUUUAUAUAUAUAUUUUUGUUUCUUCAAAAAGAUAAGAAAUUU